AGGCCUGUCUUCAGUAAGAAAUGUUUAAUCAAUCAGGUUACAUAGCUGAAAUAUUUUUUCAGUAUUGUUAAAGGUCAGACUUGUAAUGGCUGUUUCAGGAUAUACCUGUAUGUCAGGAGGCUCAAGCUUCUCAGACCAAGAUAUCCACGACUAGAGCAGGAACAUCUGUUGUCACAGGGAAACUGAAUGUGAAGAAAUCUGCAAGAUGGGGAAAUACUAUCAGAUAUCAUAGACUACCCUUCUGAGGAACCUCAGGUUAUAUUCAUGGAAACUAAUAGAACCAUUGUAUGUCUGGAGUUUUUUACAGUUGUAAUACCCAUAGUCCUCCAAAGAUCUCUGACUAUUAUGUUGAUCUAGUGAUGCUUCUCAUUACACAGGAAUAGUAUUACUGUGAUCUAGUAGCCUGAUUUUGCCACCAAAGGAGAAAACACAAUCCUAUUCUUAGCUCUUAUAAAACUUACGAUUCUGAAAAUCAAGUUUCUAGCGCUUCCUUCUGCUAGCAGCAGCAGGGGGUAGGAGGAGAGGAGGUCGGGGAUGAGGGAGGCAUACAGUUUUACGAUGGGAAAAAAUGAAGGUAAUCGCAGAAGAGGUUCUGAUGGCUUCCUUUGUCUUCAUCACAGCUUAUUAAACUGCUUUCAUGUUUCAAGGCAAUCAAUCAUGCUUCCAACGUCGUCAGUCUUAAUGGUAUAGUUGCUUGCAUGUUUCUGCACAAACUAAGCGGGUUUUUGGCUGUUGUGGGUGGCACAUCAGGUAAAGGACUGAAAAUGUGUUCUUUUGGAUAUGUAUUCUUCUGCUUACAUUAAAAUCUGGUUCAUUAUUUCCCAGGCAGUAUCAGCUCGUGGAUUGCUUUCCUCUAUCAUUUGUGGUACCUCUCACAAGAUGUGUGCUAAUUAAAAAGUGCUUUUGCACAGAUCUGCAGCCUUAGCAACGUGAAUUUGGCAGUGGUAGUAUGUGACUCAAGUCUAGUGAAAUUUGAAAAAAGUAAUUCCAUCACUGUUGGUCAUAAAUAGGUGGUUUAUUUUCUGUCUUCUUUCAACUAGUGAUGUUUAGUUUCUUUCCGAUAACACUAAAAGGCAUGCAACUUUGAAUUAUAAGAGCAGUGUUUACAGGCGUAUGUUAAUCUUGCAACUUACAUGAAAGUUGGUGAAAAAAGGGUAUCCUACAGAUUAGUGCAACUGACUUGUAUCUUGGGUAUAUGCAAAAUGAAGAUAGUGUGCCUUCAGAAGAUGUAAAUGUGUCAAGAAAAAUGGACCGUAAUGCUAUAUGCUUUUGUACCAUCCAUUCAAAAAUAAAAGCACAUCUAACUACGGUGGCAUAAUUUCCUCAGGGACCACAGCAGCAUUGAGUUCUUGUUCAAAUGUAAGAAAAAUUUGGAGUUCCCAUCUCAAAAUGCUUAGUUCAAAACUCACGUGGCAGAUGCGUGAGAAAAACGUGAACUGGUAUGGGUACUGGGAAAAGGGAGAAUUGGUCAGUGUUACCAACUGACGGGGAGAGUCUCGGUUGUUUCUGUGCUUGCUCUUGUUGGGCUGUCCUUUACUUCAUGUGUCCUGGGGGAGGCGAGUCUAACAGAGGCACGGUGGAAGGAGAAUGAGGCAACUGCUUAACAGCUGGAGCUUUCCAGAAUAGGGGAGACUAUGGAAAAGGCUAUACUGGAGAAAGAGAGCUGGGAAAAGGACUUCUUGGAUCACUUGAAAAGCAGGACACCUCAUGGAUUAGCUCAGAACGCAGAAAAGAGAAGUCAAGAGAUGCAGCCCGGUGCCGAAGGAGCAAGGAGUCGGAAGUAUUCUAUGAGCUUGCUCAUCAGCUGCCCUUGCCCCACACUGUAAGCGCACACCUGGACAAGGCAUCCAUCAUGAGGCUGACCAUCAGCUACUUGCGCAUGAGGAAGCUGCUCGAUGCUGGUGAGCUGGAGACAGAAGCCAAAAUGGAGAAGGAACUGAACUGUUUCUAUUUGAAAGCUCUUGAUGGAUUUGUCAUGGUUCUGUCUGAAGAUGGGGACAUGAUUUACAUGUCUGAAAACGUGAACAAGUGUAUGGGACUCACUCAGUUUGAGUUGACAGGGCACAGUGUAUUUGAUUUCACUCAUCCAUGUGACCAUGAAGAGCUGAGAGAAAUGCUUACACACAGAAAUGGUCCUGUGAAAAAGGGCAAAGAGCAAAACACAGAGCGCAGCUUUUUUCUCAGAAUGAAGUGUACACUGACUAGCAGGGGAAGAACAGUGAAUAUAAAGUCUGCUACGUGGAAGGUACUCCACUGCACUGGACACAUUCGUGUAUAUGACACAUGUGGUAAUCAAACUCACUGUGGCUACAAAAAGCCUCCCAUGACAUGUCUGGUGUUGAUCUGUGAACCUAUUCCUCAUCCAUCAAACAUUGAGGUCCCCUUGGACAGUAAAACGUUCCUCAGUCGUCACAGCCUUGACAUGAAAUUUUCCUAUUGUGAUGAAAGAAUUACAGAGUUGAUGGGGUAUGAGCCAGAAGAACUCCUGGGUCGCUCAAUCUAUGAGUACUAUCAUGCGCUGGAUUCUGAUCAUCUGACCAAAACACAUCAUGACAUGUUCACAAAAGGGCAGGUGACAACAGGACAGUACAGAAUGCUUGCUAAACAAGGUGGCUAUGUCUGGGUUGAAACUCAAGCAACUGUCAUAUACAACACUAAGAAUUCUCAGCCACAGUGCAUAGUGUGUGUAAACUAUGUGUUGAGUGGAAUUGUUCAGAAGGACUUGAUUUUUUCCCUUGGACAAACUGAGUGUAUGCUGAAACCAGUGGAGUCUCCUGAUAUGAAAAUGACCAAAAUAUUCAGCAAAGAUGACCUGGAUGAUACUAACAGCCUAUUUGAAAAACUUAAACAGGAACCAGAUGCUUUAACUGUGCUGGCUCCAGCUGCUGGAGACACAAUUAUCUCUCUAGAUUUCAGCAGUAAUGAGUCUGAUGAACAACAAUGUGAUGAAGUUCCUUUGUAUAACGAUGUAAUGCUCCCCUCAUCCAGUGAGAAAUUGCAGAAUAUAAAUAUGGCAAUGUCCCCACUACCUGCCUCUGAAACUACAAAGCCACUUCGUAGCAAUGCUGAUCCUGCACUCAAUAGAGAAGUUGUAUCAAAGCUGGAGCCAAACACGGAGCCACUCGAACUUUCUUUUACCAUGCCUCAGGUGCAAGAACAACCAACCAGCCCUUCUGAUGCAAGUACCAGCCAAAGUUCACCUGAGCCCAGUAGUCCCAACGACUACUGCUUUGAUGUGGAUAAUGAUAUGGCUAAUGAAUUCAAACUGGAAUUAGUGGAGAAACUCUUUGCAAUAGAUACAGAAGCAAAAAAUCCAUUCUCUACUCAGGAAACUGAUUUAGAUUUGGAGAUGUUGGCUCCUUACAUCCCAAUGGAUGAUGACUUCCAGUUGCGAUCCUUUGAUCAGCUAUCUCCACUGGAAAGCAGUUCUUCUGGCUCUCAAAAUGCAGCCACCAUUACCAUAUUUCAGCAGACUCAGACACCAUCAAGUACUGCUGAUGAAAUAAAACCAGUGACGGAGCAUGUGGAAGAUGUGAAGACACUAAUUGUUCCUUCAUCUCCUGCCCACGUAGUCAAUGAAACGAGUAGUGCCCCAGCGUCACCGUACAGUGGGAACAGGAGUCGAACUGCAUCUCCAAUCAGAGCAGGAAAAGGAACACUGGAUCAGACGGAAAAAUCUUCUCCAGGAGCACCCAGUUUGCUAACAGUCACUCUAAAUAAAAGAUCUACUGCAAUGGAUGAAGAACUAAAUCCAAAGAUGCUAGCUUUGCAUAAUGCUCAGAGAAAACGAAAAAUGGAACAUGAUGGUUCACUUUUUCAGGCAGUUGGAAUUGGGUCUUUAUUCCAGCAGACAGGUGACCGUGGGGGAAAUGCAUCACUGGCUUGGAAACGUGUAAAGGGAUGCAAAACAAAUGGUCAUAACGGAGUGGAGCAAAAGACAAUCAUUCUACUAUCAACUGACAUAGCAAGUAAACUUCUAGGGCAGUCAAUGGAUGAAAGUGGACUACCCCAACUCACGAGUUACGAUUGCGAAGUAAACGCUCCCAUACAAGGCAACAGAAACCUGCUACAGGGUGAAGAACUGCUCAGAGCUCUGGAUCAAGUUAACUGAGCUUUCACAAUAUUUGUUCCUUUUUUGGACACUGGUGAAUCAUCACCUAAAGCAGUCUAUUUAUAUUUUCUAUAUCUGAUUUUAGAAGCCUGGCUACAGCACUAAUUCAGUUAGUUCAGUUUUGAUCCCCUUUCUACUUAUUUUGACAGUCUUUUUAAUAUGUUCUUUACGUAACAAUAACUCAAACUGUAGUGCAUUUUUAUAAUUCUUUGGUACACUUUUAAGUCCAUUACAUUUAAAACACACUUGCAAUAGCAGCUUUGAAAUAUGCACCUGAUUUUAAAAAAAUAUUUAUUUUUUGGCUGGGGAGUUGGUCACCAAAACUUACCAUUAGUAAAAUGUCAACACAGGAAAAACUGGCAAUACUUCCAUCCUGCUCUUAAUAGGUAGUUGGAAGACUUGUGCUCUCUCACUCUUUAUGUUCAAAUAAGUUUUUUAUUUUAAUAGUUUUUAUAAGAAACAACAAUGCUUUGCAGCAGUGCAUUGUAGCCACAAUCGCACAAUAUAUUUUCUUAAAAAAUACCAGCAGUUCCUCAUGCAAUAUAUUCUGCAUUUAUAAAAACUAGUUUUUAAGAAGAAUCUUCUUUUGUUUGCCUAUGAAAUCAUGUUUAAACAUGGAUUAUGUCAUUAUUUUAGUCACGUUGUAAUAUAAAUUGUUCUUAAAUGCUGUCUUUAUGCUUUUGACUGAAAUGAGUGUGGUUAGUCAAAGGAAAGGCUUUAUCUGGAAAGGGCUAGCAGCAUUUUAUUUGGAUACAUUCUCAAUUUAGAGAAAGUUUGAUGUUCUUAAAGUAGUAACUUUGCCAGCUUAAAAAAAAAAAAAUCCCUGCCUGUAGUUGUUGAAGUUAAUGCUAAUAUUGUGUAUGAUCUUAAAUCUAAAUGUUCAGCUUACCCUGUGUGGUAUAGGUGAUAUUUCAAGCAGAUUGUAAAACAUCUUGCAUUGUUAGCGAAGUUUUAUCUAGUACAUCAUUGAGUUGCUCAAUAUUUUGAUGUUUUGGUUUUAUGCACCUUGUUGCUAUUAACAUCCAUAUGUUUUCAUGUAGAUUUCAAUAACUUGAAUAUAUUUAGAAGCCUUUUUAUUUAGAAAUAUAUAGUUGUCACAAACAUCUUAUUUUCCUAUAUGUACUGUACAAAACCUUCAUCCACUCAUUCUUUUGCUCUUUGUGGUUGGAUCUAACACUAACUGUAUUGUUUUCUUACAUCAAUAAACUAUAUGUGGACCAGGCCCCCUUGGGGAGUGUGUUAUCUGACAGAAAUGAGAUAAUUUAUAUUUUUGUUAGUGGUUAUUGUUCAUCCGUGUUCCCUUUUUAACUUAGAGUUGGUUGGAAAUCACUGCUUCCUUAUUUUGAUUGUAACAUCUCUGCGUUAAUUAUUUGAGCCUGUUCAGUACCGAAGUCUCCUAGACAGUGUUGUACUACUGCUCGCCAAAGAUGUUAAACUUCUAAAUCUGUUACCGUGCCAGUUAGCAAACUUGAAAGUGAGGAGACAGCAUAUUUGUGUUACUGUAGAGUGGAAAGAUUCUUCUUUGUGACCAGCUUAAAGGCUUGUCUCUGGAAGCUUUGUCAAGGUAACACUGGAAAGCAGGAAAAUAAAACUCACAGGAGUGAUCAAUUAAAGGUGGAUUUUUAUCACAAAACUGCAUGAUUAGAAAAUUAAGCUGGUACUUGAUUAUAAAGCUUGUUCUAUGUUCUUGUGCUGUUGACUCAGUAACUUUGACUAGGUGACUUCUCAUUGUGUGUCAUAAAACACAAUGCUAUUUACAACCUUGUGAUGUGUAAAUAUGGUCAAGUUAUUCUGUGCAUUCUUCAAACUUGUUUAGAAAAACUUAAUAUAAGAAAUCAAAUAUGGAGUGUCAAAAGAAUUAUUUUGGUUUUAUUUUGGAAGCUUUGGUUUCUUGGGACUCUUCUGAGUCUUUUGAAAUUAAUAUAAUGGUACAUAAGUUUUAAACUGUUCUCUAAAAUUAGUUGCACCAAAACGAGCACUUUUCAAACUGACACAAUUUCAUUAAAUUGAAUGCAGACUAUUAGCUACCAACUGAAAAAAAAAAAAAAGAUAAGGCACUGUUAGCAGAAGACAGCUGCAUAGUUCUUAAAGUUUUGAGUAGAAGUUGCACAGAGGAGAGAGCAUGUAGGUACACUAAGCUACCGCUGAAGCCUUGUGCAGAGAACACUUUGAAUAUAUAUAUACACCUGCUGCUGAAUAUUAAACAUUUUUAAUGCAGCCUUUAAGUGUUCAAAGCUUAAAAAGUUCUCUGGAUAAAAGCAGCAGAACUACUGCCUACCUGCUGUGUGAGGGCUCUUGGAUAGCCUUCUUUCCGUGGCAUCCCUUCCUCUGUCAGCAGUUGAAAGGUUUGAUAGUGAAGUUGCUAAAGGCUUGGGUAAAGCAUCAGCAGUGAGGGGCAUCCCUUACGCUUAGCUUUGCGUGGACUGACAUGGUGCUUCAGUGGGAUAGUGGGGAGAGUCUUGGAAAGGUCCAGGUGGGUCUGGCCUGGCGGGUUAUCCCUAUUCAUCUCCCGAGAGAAACAUCGUACCAUCCUGCUUCAUGCUGUUCUGCUGCUCUCUUGGAGGAGCCUGGCCUGUUUGGAUCUGUUAGUUCCUCUUCAGUGUACUUUAAGAGGGCAGUAAAUAUUCAUGGAGAAAAAUCCAUGUUAAAAAGAGGAGGAAAACUUAAGUCACCCAUGUGAUUUACAUUAUGAGGCUGCUUUAGUCAUCUCUGGUCUUAACGACAGCAGCUGUGGAUUUAAACGAGCUAUGCUUCAUGUAAGAAUCUUCCCAACUCUCACAUUUGUUUUAUUAUAUGUAACAACAAGGCAUAGCACUUGAUUACUGUCCUAGUAAAAGUGACUGAAACAAGGGAUGGAAUGAAUUGCAGUAGCUGUAUUUGUUUACUUUAGAAAAAAAAAAACAAAACCCAAAACCAAACAACCCCAAAACAAAAAAAACCCCACCACCAAACCUCCCAGAGAAAAGUAACAGUAAUUGCUUUAGCCUUGUAAGAGCUUUGCUAAAUGCAGAUGCAAGAUCACAAAAUCUAGAACAUCUUCUAGCUGCUUUGUGGUCCUGGUGGGUUUUGUUGGGUUUGGGUUUUUGUUUUUGUUCUGUUUGGUUGGUUGGUUUUUUGGGGCGGGUUUUGUUUUUUUUUUUUGUGUGUGUAACUAGGAAUACACAGCCUGAUUCUAAAUCUGUUUAGGAUGACAAACUUUUGGAAUACAUUGCUUUCUAAAUGUUUUCUUGGUGAUCUGGAAUAAUUGCUUUGCUGACUUGCUACUUUUUUUUUUUAAUGUUGAGGCACUAUAUUAGAGCAUUUAUUCUUCCCCAUUAGUAAAGAAACAACUGGAGGUAGAUACAGUGUUUCCUUCUGCAUAUGAAAUGUGCUACAUCAUGUGAAAAUGAUGAACUGAGGAGAAUGUAACAAAGUUAGGUUCCGGAAGGUUAUUGUGACCACAGCAGUAGUGAAGCUUACGCCUUCUUUGUGGCAUAGCACAAUUACUGUCCCUACAUAUGGAUUCCAACUGAUGUCUUUAAGUGAUGACUGUUGUUGAUUACCUUUUGUUAAAAGGUAAAGGAAUUUUUAACUCGUACUUAUGAUGACAUCAUUAAUUCCUUUACCUGAAAGUAGUUAUAAUUAACUACAGCUGUUGCUCCCAAGAAGUCACUUGUCCAGUAACUUGAUCUGAGGUGUAACGUACUGAGUAAAUUAAGGUAGCCUGGCAUCCAAAGUAUGGCUUUCUAACAUACCUUCCUCCCAUGUGGGGAGAUAGGCUUGGGCUAUAUUGAUCUUUGGAAACCUCUGGGUGAAAUGGAAACAAUUUACUAUUUAAAUUUCCUUCCCUGUGUGUCUGUGUACACACAUUAAACUCUCCCUAGGUAAUUAUUGAAUUAAAAAAUCACGGAUUAAGGCCAGAAAGAACAACUAAAACCUUACACAUAGCACUAGUGACAAUUUAAGGAUGUCAAAGCUUAUCUUGGAUGAAUUGAUCAGACCUGUUUCCAAUGAAAUACAACUGUAAAAUCAAAAAUGUCUGAUUACUGGUUAAACUAUUACAUAUUUACUACUAAUUUUUCAUUAUUUAAAAAGUUGUUUAAUUAAACAGCUAAACAAUGGUAGCUAAAGGUAGAAACGUGGGCUGUUGCAUCUGUACCUGUUGGCAAGCGUUGUCCCCUGUUACAGUGCUGACUGAGCUGUUCCCUUUGCUGAGCAGUGCUGCAGAAGGUUGGAGCUGUCAGCCAAGCUGGCCGUGCCCGAGGUCAGCCAUCUGCCCCCCCUCCCUGCUGAUUAGCUGCUGCCGAACAAAACGCACACCUCACUCAAAUGUCACUGCACUUAAUGCAUGUUAGUCAAACUGUGAAGGUCCGGCACAAAAAUAAACACUUCAUGGGCCAGGAGUACUCUGUAGGAAGAUCAUUUUCAUAGGAAUUCACAUGAGCUGGGUAACCAGCCUUCAUUAAAAGUACCAUUAGCAAUUAGGCACUUGACUCCCUGGAAAGCUCCAUUCUGGAGAACUGAUUUUUUUGAUUCUAAUUCUAUAAAUGAGCUGUCAUUUUCCUUCUGCUUCCCUGUUUACCUUGAGCAAGUUACCAAAAAGUUAAAAGAGUUUGCUACUGGAUUUAUACAGUAUGGUAGAUUUUGUGAAUAAUAGCAGUAUUCUCUCAUGAAGAAGUGGUAUAUUUUAAUGGAAUUCUUUUUUGGAACCAAGUACAACGUAUUGCAAUUGAUAUUUCUCUUGAAACAUUUUGACAUACUUGUGACUGUAUUUCUUUUUGAUUGUGUAACAGUAUCAAAUUCAAUAAAAGAGAGGGUUUGUUUCUAA